GCUCAGCCUGCCCAGCCUGUGCUAGGAGAGCUAGCAAGAGGAAGUUCCUAGACCCUGCUAGACUUCCCUUGUUCCCUCGAUAAGGACCCAUUCUAAGGGGCAGAUCAACUGCAUCAGGCAACCAGAUGAGGCGAUAAAAUGGAGAUUUACCACAUGGAACUGAAGAAGGGCAUGGCGCUGAAGCUCAAGGGGAAAAUUAAUGAUGACACAAGUCGUUUCACUAUCGAUCUGGGCCAGGAUCCUGGAAAUAUAGCACUGCAUUUCAACCCCAGAUUUGAUGAGAAUGUCAUUGUCUGCAACUCCCAAAAUGGCGGCCACUGGGAGCAAGAGCAUCGUGAUGAUCACAUGUGCUUUAGGCCAGGGACGGAGAUAAAGCUGACAGUGACCUUUGAGGAAGAUGAAUUUCAGGUGAAGCUUCCUGAUGGUCACCAGGUGCAGUUCCCCAACCGUGGGAAGUGCAGCCACCUCCCUUACCUCUGCGUGAAGGGCAUCAGCCUCACCUCCUUCAAACUGGACUGAGGAUUUGGGAGCACUGCCCCUGAGCGGCUGCCCCUCCCCCUUCCCCCUCCCCAUAAAGCCCCAAUAAAGGCCUCUC